GUGACGUCAGACAGCACGGAGCUUAAAGAGCGAUUUGAAGGGGGACGGAACCGCGACUGGCCUUUGAUGGCCGAGGCAGAGCGAACGCUUGUUGCAGAGGAGCGAAGUGGUCACUGCGCGGUGGUGGAAGGCAACUGGCUCUAUGUGUGGGGUGGAUACGUGUCAAUUGCUGAAAAUGAGGUUUUUCUACCCAGUGAUGAAAUAUGGAUUUAUGAUAUGGACAGCGGCAUAUGGCAUACACACGCGAUGGGCGGAGAUGUCCCACCACCAAUGUCUGGGAGCUGUGGUGCCUGUGUCAACGGAAUAAUGUACAUCUUUGGUGGAUAUGAUGAAAAUGGCUACACAAAUCAGCUGUACUGUGUCAAUCUACAUGACACAGGAGGAUUUACAUGGAAAAAAAUUGUUCAUUCUAAUGGCUGCCCACCAACACCAAGAGAUAAACUGUCUUGUUGGGUAUAUAAAGACAAGAUUAUAUUUUUUGGAGGCUAUGGCAGCAAAAUGCUCAGUGAGCUGAAUGAUAUUAUGAACUUCAAUGUAGAUGAAGCCUCUUGGGUGGGGGAAAUGUUCUGGGGCUGGAACAACGAGGUCCACGUUUUUGACACCAGUGGAGACUCAUGGAUUCAGCCACCAGUUAAAGGCACUCGACCACUACCCAGGGCAGCUCAUGCCUGUACCGCAGUCGCCAAUAAGGGUUAUGUCUUUGGAGGAAGAGUUGUGGAUACCAGAAUGAAUGAUCUGCAUUGCAUAGACUUAGAUACUUGGACCUGGCAUGAAGAAAUUCAGACUUCAGCAGGACGUCCUCCUGGCCGCUCUUGGCAUUCUUUUACCUCUGUAACAGACAACAUACUCUUCUUGUUUGGUGGACUGAGUGCACAAAGUGUACCAUUAAGUGAUGGUUGGGUGUUUAAUACCAAGACUAAGGAAUGGAAGCAAUUAGAACAUUUACCCAAGAAUAAGCCCAGGUUGUGGCACACUGCCUGUCUUGGAAAAGAGGCAGAGGUCGUUGUUUUCGGAGGAAGCCAAGAGGACCUCCUUUCUGUGGACACAGGACACUGCAAUGAUUUACUUGUUUUUCAAACUCAGGCAUAUUCUCUAUUCAGGUUAUGUUUGGACUUCAUUGGAAAAAAUGGCUCUGCUCUUGAGAAGCAACUGACUUGGUUACCACAGAAACUUUACCAGCAAGUUCAAAAUAGGAUUUUGUUUUGGGUUAACAUUAAGAAACAACAAAGGCCAUCGGAGAAUCCAAAAACUGAUGCUGCUUGCCACCUCCCUAACUUGUAACAGGUGACCUGAUGUGCAUUUUCUGCACUCGACUAUCAAAUUAAAGAAAAGUUUCUGGAAAAUGAGUUAAAAUGGCAAUCGCACUCUGAACCACACUGGAGAACUGACAGUAAUAAACACUGGGAAUUACAACACUAUUUUUUUCUGCACUUCUAUUUCUCAUAUCUGGUAUGUUUUAUUGUUUUUCCUUAAGUCAUGUUUAUUUAUUAACAGAUGUUUUGUUUAGCCUCUUAUUCCUUUUAAUAUAAGAAGCACAACCUAUUCUAUAAUAAAAUAAACUGAAACAACUUAGCAGGUGAGAGACCUUGAAAUAAAAACCCAUCGAGUGGUCUCAAGACGUUGCCCCAGAUAACUUCAUUCAAGGGUGUCUGAUGUUAUCAGAGAAGCAGGGCGCUGCAUUUCUGCAACUAUAAGUGGCACGCUGAAAGCACACUGCUCUGCCACACAGAUGUCAGGAUGUGGCUAAGCAAAUCACUGUUACAGAUCGCAUUUUCAAGCCGCAGCCUUGUCUUAAUAGGUAAAUUGAAGACAAAAACGGCUCCAGUUAGGGUAAGAGUUACAGCAAAUAACACAACGAAAAAACAAAAAAAUUGUAUACUGCCUAUAAAUCCUUUAAGGCGAAACAGAUAUGAAAGUUUCUAGAGGCGGUCUGGCGGCAGACUGUUAAGGGGAAGGCAUGUUUCAGAUUUAAACAUUGAGUGAAGACAGUUUUGGUUGUUUGUGAAGUUCCUUCUGUCCAUUGUAGCAGGCAGGAGAUCCUGCACCCGAGAGCUCUUUUAUUUACACUGUAUUUGUUGUCAGGUUCUUGUAUUUGAAAUGUUUCUUGCUUUAGUUGUUCAGCAACAUUUAAACAAAAACAUAAUUGCAUUUUAAAUGACUUGUUAUUCUUUUCAAUGGCACUUUUUACUCUUUUAUAUUCUGUGACCUAUUUUGCAUGAGUUGUAAAUAAAUAAAACAAGUACAAAGUGUAUUCAUAA